UAGACGCCAGACUUUAUUGGAGACGUUCAUAGGGGAAGAUGAUGUUUCUGUCGAUAUUCGUGUUGGGCCUUCUUGCCCAGGCCUCGUUUAGUUACGCUUCUUGCGGCCGACGACCAGGAGGGACACGUAUCAUCAAUGGCGAGGAGGCGGUGCCUAAUUCGUGGCCAUGGCAACUGUCACUCAGAGUAUAUGGCAGCCACAACUGUGGCGCUUCCCUUCUCAGUCCUGGAUGGGCGCUAACCGCUGCCCACUGUGUACAACGAUCAAGUAACCCGGCUGACUAUACGCUGGCCGCAGGUGCGCACCGUAGAGUCAAUGACGCGCAUGCUCAAGUGUUGCGUGUUUCUCAAGUCAUCUCACACAAGGAAUUUAGCAUGGGUCAUCUUAGGAAUGAUGUCACACUGCUAAGGCUGUCCGCUCCUGUCCAAUUAUCGGACAAGAUCGGCACUAUCUGUCUUCCAGCUCACGGCGACAGGGCGCCCGCGGGCGGUCACUGCUAUAUCAGCGGCUGGGGAAGAAUUUCAUCUUCAGAUUUGUACAAAGGGGCAGAUAAGCUCAAGCAAUCCAAGGUCCCUGUCGCCGACCACCAGACCUGCCGCCGCACAAAUGGUUACAGUGUGGACGAACAUUCCAUGAUCUGCGCGGGAGGAGCCGGUAGCAGCGCCUGCAAUGGGGACAGCGGUGGUCCCCUUCAGUGCUUGGAGAACGGGCGCUGGGUACUACGCGGUGUUGCAUCAUGGGUAACAGCCAAGACAUGUCCGGGAAACACCUUCUCAGUGUACGCACGCGUCAGCUCCUACAUUAAUUGGAUCGAGGGCAUCCAGGCCGGUGGAAGUGGAGGAAACGGUGGGAACGGUGGAGGGUCUUCUUGCCAAGACUACCACCGUAACUGUCCACAAAUGAAGAGGUUCUGUUCUAACAGAGGCGUCAGAAAUAAAUGCCCCAAAACCUGCAGAGUCUGCUGAGAUCACUUGCGCUUGGUGCAAUAAUAAACAAAUAAAAUAUGCUUUAUGCA